AUGGUUGAAACCGAUUUCACUUCUUCGUCUUUACAUUCUAUCUAUGGAAUAAACGAACGUCUAAUGGGGAUGGAAAAAUACAAUCAUUUGAAAGUGAUCUCAUUGGAUGAAUGGUUGCAGUUGGAGAGAACAUAUACGGGUUAUCAUGCAGUAUUACGUUGCGAUGCAACUGGUGCCGAUUUUGGUCUGAGUAUUUCAGCAUUCAGCUAUGGUUUGAAUUCAACCGGAUGUGCGGUCUUCACGGAGCCUGAAGAUGCUUGUAACACAACAAUGGUAUCUUUUCGUUUCUAUAAAUUAUAUACAUCGAAAAUAAAUUCGACCGUAUGCCACGGUCAGUUCGCGAUUGUUCCACGAGGCAAUUGCAGUUUUUCGGAGAAGGCAUAUUACGCGCAAACCGGGCGUCCAGAUCCGUACAGAGCAAUCGUGGUAUAUAAUGAGCCAGGUGAGCCACCGUUGCCAAUGCAGGGCAGUAGGUAUGCGGAUGAAGUGGAUAUACCGGUAGCGAUGAUCAGUUAUGCGUGUAUGCAGAAUGUUAUGGGAAGAUAUCCAGCUGAACAAGGAUAUGUGAUAGCAUUGCGCUCGAUACCGGGUUAUUACGAUUUCAUCAAAUAUCUUGCACCGUUCGUUGCUGUUGUUGGAUUCUGUUUCAUCGUUUUAUCCAUUUCAUUGGUUAUUCGUGUUUGUCGCGAGCGCAGGCGCAUCGCAAGGAAACGUCUCUCGAGAAGUAAUUUGAGAAAAUUACCCACUAAGAAAUAUCGUAAAGGUAACUCAUCUAAUGUUUUCUUGUUAUAUAUCUCGUCUUCAAGUGAUCAACCCGAAACGUGUGCGGUUUGUUUGGAUGAUUUCGCCGAUGGUGAAAAAUUACGUAUAUUGCCGUGCAAACAUGCGUAUCACUGCAAAUGUAUCGAUCCGUGGUUAACAAAGAAUCGUAAAGUGUGUCCAAUCUGUAAGCGUAAAGUGUGCUCGACGGGUGAUUCAGAUUCGUCGGACUCCGACGUGGAACGACGUCGUAAUGCGGAAACAGCCACAAACACUGUAGUGCGCCCGACAACAACGCGUGAAAAUGCUCCUUUAUUAAGACACGAAGAAGAAGUUGGUAUUUGUUUUUCGAUUAUUCCAUUAUUGUUGCUGAUCCGAGAUAAUUACUGCAUUUUACAUAUGGCGUCAAGCGAUAUUCAUCAUGGGUCGUUGCGUGUUGUUCACUUUAUGGAAGAUGAUGAAAUUGGUACUAACACUCAACAUUUAAUGCUUACCUACAUGAGUAGUGUUAAUGUUUCGGCAAAUAUUUCAGCAUCGUCAAGUGGUAGACGAGAAACGACGCAAGCGAUGGUGCACAGUGAUGCGACAGAUGAUGCUAGAGCAGCUCAUGAUAAUAGUGUUGUCCCCGCAACAAGCACUUCGCCUUCCGGGCACAACAACGAUGAGUCUAGUGCGUCGGGAUUUUCGGAAGCGAUCCGUAAGAAACUCAGACCGUUACGUCCAUUCGUUUACGGCCUUGUCAGUCGUGCUAUGCGAACCUCACAACGAUCGCAACCACAAAAUCUUGAGGCUAUAUUGGAGUUGCUCGGUCGGUUGCUUUUUUCCACGAAUGUUCCAGAUUCGGAUGGUGGCAAUCGUCGAAGAUUUGCUGCAGAGAACGACGCUUUCGAUGAUGUUGAAGUGAAUGAUAGAGCACCUGAAAAUACGGCAAAUGUAGAUGAGCCGAAAUUCUGGUUGGUGAUCUCAGAGAAGAAUCUUGCUGCUUGUCGAUAUCCCGAUUCCAAAGUUGUGCCCAAGUUACUUGUCAAUCUAUUCCCGUUCCUAUUGCCUUGUGAGCAGUCCAGUCUUCUGAGUGUAUCACCAAUGAGGAAUGUUGAUGAUGAGGGUGGAAGCGGCAGUGCAUUAUCAGUUCCAGUAACUGAGAAUCAACAGUUGCAAGCACCGACUGAAAAGAGACGUCGACAUCCGGCUGCGAGUGGAAAAGUAACGUCCGUACAGCUCGAUCUUGACGUUGAGUUGCCGUCCGAUGAUGAGGACGACGACAGCACUGAUGGCUACGAUGCCGAUGAGAAUGAUUCUGUUCCGAAGCCAGAAUCGAAAACGUUCGGGCCUGAUGCGGCUGCAGCUGGCGGAGUGGCGAAGGGAGAACAUCGUGCAAAACGAAGUGCAUAUUCAAUGCCAGAGCAAUUGUCGAAGAAGAAGAAGAAGAAACCAGGAAAAAACGUCGGUAGUCAACGAACAGCUGAAUCAGUCGCUGAUGCUGACUCAGAAAACACCACCAAUCAUGAAACAGCCAGUAAUCAGCGCUUUCGUGAUGAUGGAAUCUUCAGAACGUCGAUUGAUCUGGAAGACAAUGAAGACGAUGUUCAGGAAAAUGGUAAUCGGAAGACGAUAUCGGAGAGCAAUGACGGUGCCAUCAAAGAGGAGUGA